GAAGCUGCGCCAAUGGUCACGUAGUCAGUGAAAAAGAGGAAGUGACGUCUAUCGGAUUUACUUUCAGCCGAAAAAGAAAUUCUUGAGUUUCAGAGAUUCGGAGCAUUGAGGGAAGAGCAGAGCGGAGGGUGUGUACAUCAUGGGCCAGAUCGAGUGGGCGAUGUGGGCAAAUGAGCAAGCUCUGGCGUCGGGGCUCAUUCUGCUUAUUGGAGGCGUGGUUGGAGUGGCUGGACAAUUCCGAGAUUGGCAAUUUGCUGCUUAUGGCAUUGCUGCAGGUGUCUUUGUGAUGUUGUUGGAAUAUCCCAGAGGGAAAAGGCGAAAGGGAACAACAAUGGAGAGACCGGGUCAGCGCUUUUUUGCAGCCAUUGUGAAAUUGUUUGGACCUUUAACGCGAAAUUACUAUGUCCGUGCUAUUCUACAUGCAUGCCUUGCAGUACCUGGAGGCUUUAUAUUGCCCACAGUCCUGGGCACUGUCAACCUUGGCAUUGCCAGUCUCAUCUACCUACUUGCUGCCUUCCGAAAAGAGGAGUGGAGACCCAUACAGGCGUUGCAGUCUCAGAAAGGACAUGUUGGAAAAAGUAUCCAUCAGCCACCCACAAAUCCCCCACCAAGGCCUCCUGCUGAACAUCGAAGGAAACCAGUGGAUGAUACAAGAGCAGUUGAAGUCACUGCCAGACCAGUUACUUUUGACUCAAACUGAUCUGACUUCGCUGGCAAUUGUAAUUAUUCAUCAGUCGUAUUAUUUUACUGAAUAUAUUAAUACAGUGCAAUGCAAUAUUUAGACCCAAUGUAAGAUCAAAUUAUGAUUUCCUUGGAAGAAAUAUGAUCAGUCUUUCUGAUGCAAGGGUUUGCUCACUCCUACAGCAAGAGAUAAUCUGCCACCUUGUUUAUUUGUCAACUUUAAUGUUUCUAUGACAUUGUUACCGAAACUUCUCCCCUUUCAGUAUUGCAGUUGAUAAGACAUGUUCUUUGUAAAGUAUUAAUAAAAGAAUAGGCUAUCAAAUGCCAUUCUCUUAAAACAUUA